AUGUUGACAUGUCUUCCUGAAAUCGUUCUCGAUGAUCUUGCUGCUCCAGCUUCAAAACGACGGCGACUGGAUACACCGCGUACGGGAGGCGUCGCUGUCAAGAGCGCUUGCGAUGCAUCCCAAUGGAAUCCCUCAGCGCAAACAACACCAGUACCGUCUACCGGCGCAAUCACAGAAGAGAUAUGCGAGAGCACCUUGGUGUGUUAUGGCAUGAUAUCUGAUCUGAUUGUAAAUGUUCAUCCCCAUCACGUCGCCUCUUCUGUUUCGACCCAACACCCGACUCGCUUCGAACCUCCUCGCGCACUACAUUAUGGUAUCACCGAUACGCCAAUCGGACGACUAGACGACUAUGGGGGCGAGCUGUUACGGAGGCUGGUAGCCGACAACGAGCUCACCUUACAAUACGUACUGUCGUCGGCUCCACUCGCUCCCACGACCGAAAGAAAGUUACCCCAGAAUGCUUCACAGUUUCUUGGAGUCAUGAUAUAUGGCCCCAGACGCCGCUUCAGUGACGUCGGCGAUUUCAUGACCCAGGCUGGCUGCUACUUGGAUGACCCUGUCGGCUGUGACUGGAACGUCCCCUACAUGAACCCUCAAUGUUUGUUCAGCCUUCACGAACGACCACCAAUGACGUUUGAAUUGUUACCGUUGCAGCAACCACACAUCGACAAUUUUACACGAGCUUCCUUCGAUAUUCUGUCUGCUUUCGAGACUACUGAUGAUCUCGAGUUAUCAGCUAACCCGACUGCUCUGCGUACCGAACUAAAACUAUCGCAGUUCAAGCGACGAUCCCCAUCUUACGUGUGGGACUUCUAUAGAAUCAACUCUGAUAGUGGUGCCGCUGAGCUUAUUCAGUGUCUGGGAAUCACAAAUACGAAGGCAUGUCGUCGCAAACUGUGCGAAUCGCGCUUGCUGACCCCCACCAGCCAUGUGCAUGACGACAGGUUGACAUGGUUCAUACACCAUGGUAAACAGAAAUUCAAGCUGAAGAACAAGAAAAGGCCGCCCGAAAUAGUGUUCACUACGUACCAGACCAUCGAGAGAGAAAGUCGUCGUGGCGUUCAGAGUAGCGACUCCAUAUUAAAUCACCACUGGAGACGCGUGAUACUCGACGAGGCACAUACGAUACGCAAUCACAAAACCUCGACUGCGCAAGCAAUCGCCGCACUACGAGCAACGUCGAGAUGGGCAGUCUCAGGGACCCCGAUCCAGAAUAGCCUGCUCGACUUCCAUGGCCUCUUCAGAUUCCUCCAUUUUUCGCCGUACGACGACCCGAAGGUCUUUGAUGACGACAUUUCAAAUAUGUGGCGCGUGAAACCCGUCAACGAGGCCGCUGAGACGUUCAAAAGACUGCUUUCAUGCGUCAUGUUACGCCGGACAAAGGCUAUUUUGGAUCUGCCUUGUAGAGAUGACAAACUGAUGCGUGUGCCAUUCAGUCACGAGGAGAAGGAACAUUACCGCCAAAUCGAACAACCUGUUGUUGAUAUGCUGGAUCGCACUACAGAAAGUGGUGGCCACACCCACGUACCAUGGAUGAAUGCUAUUCAACAGAUCAACAAACUUCGUCUUGUUUGCAACCUAGGAGUCUUCGUUCCUUCACAAUCCAACUGCUUCCCACAGCCCGGAAAUAUUGAUGAGAAGACAUCUGUCAUGAACGCCCGCUACUCGAUGGACGGUGGAUCAUGUGAACUGUGCUUGCAGCCAGUCGAAACCUUAACAUUUGGCAGUGGACUCCGGGAUACUACGCAGCCACAGGUCUACUAUUCAGCCUGCAGCAAAUUUUACUGCGCUGAUUGUGCCGCGUCCCUUCAAUAUCGCUCAGCCGAUCCGUGCGCCUGUAUGGAGCAGUCGCCAUCCUGUCAGCUCCGUCCUCUGGCGUCCUUUUUAUUUACCCCUAGUCUCACGCCCACUGAAGGGCUCUCCCCUUCCUCAAUUGAUUGGGACCAUAGCAAUGAUAUUUCAAGCAAAGUAUGGGCGCUUGUCUCGCAGAUCAAGUCGCGUCCACAAGAAAAGCAUGUCGUUUUCUCAUCCUGGACAUCAAGUCUCGACAUGGUAGAAAAAGCGCUUCGGUGUGAUCCAAAUAAUAUCAUUCAAUCAGUCCGGAUCGAUGGCACAGUACAGUCGAAACACCGCAGUCACGCUAUACAACAGCUCCAUGACGACCAAAGCAUACGCGUCAUACUGAUCACGAUCGCUUGUGGUGCUUGUGGUUUGGACCUAACGGCGGCUUCGACAGUACACCUUCUCGAACCUCAAUGGAACCCGUCUCUCGAGGAUCAAGCACUUGCACGAGUCCAUCGUCUAGGACAGACUCGUCCUGUGACAACCAUACGCUACGUCAUGGAAGACUCUUUCGAAGAGCACGUCCUCAAAAUCCAAGAUCGCAAAAAGCUACUCGCCACCACUUUACUAUCAAACAGCUCUUCCCUCGAGAGCCUGCGUCGAUUGCUCCACGAAAGAAAGGAUGGCGCAGAUUUCAAACAAGGCGCAACGACGUCUUAA